AUGUUUAACACUUCAAAAUUUUUACAAAAAACUAUGGUUUUAAAUAAUAAUGGAUUAUUGAAAUUAAAUUCAAGUUUAUUAUUUAAAAAUAAUAUUAACCAAAUAAAUAAAUCAUUUUUUGGUAGUAUUAGCUGUAUUAAUAAUAAUAAUUUUAAAAAUGAUUAUGAAAAAAAUAAUAAUAAUAAUAAUAAUAAUAAUAAAAAUCAAAAUGAAAAUAAUAAUAAAUUUUUAUUACCAGGAGUUUUAAUAAGUGGAUUUACAAUUUUAAGUGGAUUAACAGCAACAACAGUAUCAUGUGAUACAAUUAAUAAAGAUAAAGAUGCAACAGUUGUUACACAUCAUGUUGAAAUUAAAAAUGUUCCAACAACAACACAAAAGAUUCAAAAAGUUGCAGGUGUUACAACAAUGGGUGGUGCAUUAGGAUAUUGUUGUGGUAUUGCCACUAGAAAGAUUGGUACAAUGGUAUUAGUUUUCGUUGGUGCCAUUUUCAUUGUAGUUCAAUUAUUAUCUUCAAAAGGUUAUAUCGUUGUUAAAUGGGAUAAAGUUAGUGAAGAACAUUCACCAAAAUUCACAAAAGAAAAAAGACGUCAAUACAUUCGUUCCUUUUAUAAUUUAUUAACUAGUAAUUUACCAUUUAAAGUUGGUUUUGGUAGUGGUUUCCUUUUAGGUUUUAAACAAUAA